AUGGCCUACACACCUUCUGGUCCCAGUGGUGAUCGCUGUGUCGGCUUGCACCGCUUGGCUCUCGUGAAUGUAUGCCAGCAUCAAGAUGGCGUGGUAGAGGACAUGAUCAACCGAAUUUGCAGUGAGAAGUCCCCGGAGGAAUGCCCAAGCUUCGUGAGGCUUGAGACGCGGAGUGUGGUUCCCAAAGGCCGCGAAGGCUCGAACGUGUCCACCACCUCCUACUUGGCAAUCAGUGAUGACAACGUGGAGCUUGACAACCUGAUUGCCGCAGCUCAGGAAGCGCGUCUGGAAGAGGGCGGGGGCUCACUGUCAGUUCUGGGACGCAGCCCCUUCAACACCGAGCGGCUGUCCAUCGAAGAGCUGCGACAGGUGGUGCGGCGCCAGGACAUCCGCGGCAUUGCAGCGUGGUGCAACCUCCUAGUGGCCGCGGGCAUGGCGGCCGUUGGCCUCGCCACGGACAGCAGCGCCACAGUGGUGGCCAGCAUGCUGAUCUCUCCAUUGAUGUCCCCGAUCAUUCAGCUGUCUUUUUCCCUGGUAGACUGGUCCCUCUGGAAAGAGAGGAGCUUCAUGACGAAUGCCUUCCGCGACUUCUUCUUCGCGGUGCUGGGCUGCGUCUCCGUUGGGUUAGCGUUGGGACCUGCCUUUCUCUGGGCCCGCAUGGACGAAAGCUGGCACUGGCCCACACAGGAGAUGGACAGUCGGACGCACGUCUAUAGAACCUUGGUUCCGGGAACCAUCAUCUCGAUCGUGUCUGGCAUCGGGGUCGCAAACGGCCUGCGGAACCGUGGCAUCAACGCCCUGGUUGGCGUCGCGAUAAGCGCCUCGCUGUUGCCGCCUUUGGUGAACAGCGGAAUCUACAUGGCCUGGGGCCUCUUGCGAAGCGGCUCGGAGGCGGAGGUCGUGCAGGCCCGCUUCCGCAAAGGCUGCGUCAGCUUCAUGCUCACGAUGAUCAACGUGCUGGGCGUGAUCGUGAGCUCUGCGAUCUGGUUUCGCAUCCGGGGUGUGGGAACCACUGCGGAGAAGAAGGGCGCGUCGGCGCCGCUGCUGGCCGCUUAG